CCCCUUAUCACAGCUCGAGAGGUAGUCGUCAUGCUACCCUUCGACUGCGAUGUGCAAUUCCUUAGUCGCCCUGGACGCAUUUGAGGUCGAGUUUGACUUGUCUUCGGAGUGGAAAUGCUCGGUUGCGUAUUAGCCAAUGACGGCUGCAGCAUGAAUGGCUGCUAAGGCCGCAGCGAGAACGACGUCGGACGGCGCAUCGUUAUCCCAGCCUCAGGCUGCAAAGCCAGCUGGCUUGCUGCUAUUGGUUGCCUUGCUAUGCGCUGUGUGCUUUUCCAUCAAAUUUUUGUCAUCAGGACAUAUAGCACAUGGCUCCAAGAGGACGCCAAUCUUCCUGUCCCUCCAUUCGCAAGGUGUGCUUUGCGCCACCCGGUGAUUGGCCAAGGUGGUUGCAUCGCGGCCCAAAAAGCCACACGUUUUCGUGCUGGUCACGCAAGUUGUGUUUGCUGACGCAGGCAAGCAAGCUUUGUCGAUGGCAGGGGGCGAGGUGAAAAAGAAGAGAAGUCAUCACAGACAUGGUGACACCCGUGCUUCCAAAUCACACAAGAGGUCCGAGAAUGACCGUGCGACGACGAAAUCCUCCGCCGCCACCGAUCGCCCUGCCGAUAUCGAGGCUCUGCGAAAGGCGAGACUCGAACAUCUAGCAAAAUCGCCCGAGGAAAAGCGGAAAGACAUGAAAUAUGAAUAUGUCAAGUCCACGAAGACUGUGUCGCUUGUGGGUGUGGACAAAGAGAAGCGAUACAGACUAGUCAGAGAUUCCAGCCCGGAAGGAGAGCGUUCGCAGCCGUCGCGGACGUCGACGAGGCGCACGAAAGAUGACGGCCGGGCGAGGCGAGACAACGGCGAAGAUGAAUACGUUUACGGGAAGAGCGAACGAGACACCGUCCGCAAAGAAGCACAGUCAAGAUCUGCCGCGAAGCCACAAUCGAAGACGAAUGGAUCAGUCACGGCGAAACCAGCAGAGAGACGGCGCAUGCCGGAGCGCAGGCAUACAGAACUGGCACGACGGAGGGAGUCGCAUGAAGAUGACGAAGAAGAGGAGCCCCCAGACACAGCUCGGGUACAUCGCACUGGCUCGAGGCGACAGAGUGAUGCACAGGAUCCUCCUACGUUAACUCGGCGGAGUACAGUCUCGGUCGAGAAGCCGCAAAGGUCGCCGCUGAAGAGGAGCGCAACAACAACAACAACAACAACAACAACAACAACAACAACAACGACCAGACCCAAGACGGAAGUCAGCAGUAUAAGGACAGUGCAAACUGCUGAUCCUCAUAGGAAGGCGGCUGGGCUCUUUGGUGGGAUUUUACUCCCAAACCAGGAGCCACCGAAGAGAGUCCCGUGUCUGACAUGCGGCGCCGACGACGUUCCCAUUUCCAAGUCCGCUAGACUACCUUGCACUCACCGCAUGUGCCAUUCGUGCCUGAAGCGCAUCUUUACCAUGUCGGUCAAGGACCCUGCUCACAUGCCGCCUCGAUGUUGUACGGAUCAACAUAUCGAUCUGAAGCACGUUGACAAGCUCUUCGAUCAGAAGUUCAAGGUCUUGUGGAAUCGCAAAUACGCUGAAUUCAAGACGAAGAACCGCAUAUAUUGCCCGGCUCGGAAAUGCGGCGCCUGGAUCAAACCGCACUAUAUCAAGGUUGAGAAUGGCCGGAAAGUCGGGCGGUGCAAGCAAUGCAAAACACGGGUGUGCGGCAUAUGUUCGCAGAAAAUGCACGUCUCGCGGGAGUGUCCGAAGGAUCCGGAGACGAAAGCCUUCGCCGAAGUCGCCAAGGAGAAGGGCUGGCAGCGAUGCUACAGCUGUUCUGCCAUGGUCGAGCUCAAAGAAGGCUGCAACCACAUGACUUGUCGGUGUACAGCGGAAUUCUGCAUGGUCUGUGGCCUGAAGUGGAAGUCGUGCGAUUGUCCUUGGUUCAACUAUCAGGCCGUCGAUGCACAUCUUGGUGACCCUGUCCGGUAUCAGGAGGAGAUUGACAGGCGAAGAGAUCAAGUCGACAGAGACGAGGAGCUGGCUCGGCGGAUGCAGCAGAUGGGCCUGGGCGACGACGCCGGGCGGUUUGAUGGCUUCGGACGGGGUAACGCCGGCAAUGAUCAUAUGAACCAGAACUUCAUCCAGCAGGCGCGAGAGGCAUUGACGGCGAACUAUGCUCAGGCUGGACAAGCAGCGCGAGACCUCAUCAAUGGGCUUGUGAUGGGUCGGGAGAAUCGCAUGCCGGGGAUGCCGUUGCAGGUGGAUCAGAUGCUUGAAAUGCUCGGGCAGCGUGGUGCGCCAGAUCCGGCGGAGGAAGACCAGGGUCAAGAUGAUGGGCGUAGACCCGCUCGAAGAGUUACCGCGAGGCGGAGGAACGUCGUACAGGAUGCUGCUGGUGGGCAUCGUGUGGUUAGGGAGACGGACGAGGAGAGACGCAUUCGAGAUUGGGCGAACAGUGUGCCUGCAUGACUACCCGAAGGUACCGGUAGCUGAGUGUUGUUCGAUGUAUCAACGCUUGGCUGUUUUCUCUAGCACUGAACUGGUGCGGUAGAAACGCAAGUCGUCGAACAGUGGGAUGCGGAAGGGAAGGCAGUCGGAAAGUCUUUGCUAUAUGGACCACUGGCAUGAUUGUGGAAUUGGGUUAUAACGUGAUAUUGAACGAUUUACGACGAGGUUUAUUUCUGGGCAGUUCGGGAUACCCUUUCGGAUAGGUUGUGGCUUUCUUUGGAGAGAUACAGGGUUUGUACAUGAGUGAUGACUUAUAUAGUGAUGUCGAUACAUUCUGAUAUUUUGACCUCAUCACGGCGGUGAUGAUUACUAGUAUGUUUUAAGAUAUCUAUCUGUCUCUUGA